AUCACAUUCUGAUGGCAAAGAGUGAGAGAAGAAAAUAGGUUCAAGAGAGCAGGAUGGAGGCACCCAUCAUGCCACAGAAUAUACACAAUAAGAAAGAAUUUGAAGAGUUUUUGAAAAGGGCAGGACCCCGUCUUGUUGUUGUCAACUUUUCAGCAAAAUGGUGUGGGCCAGGCAAAGUGAUCCGUCCUUUUGUUUAUGAACUGGCCGUUCGGUAUGAAAACGUGCUAUUCUGCAUUGUUGAUGUGGAUUUGGCAGAGGAUGUGGCUGACCUCUGCAAUAUUGUCACUAUGCCAACGUUCCAGUUCUUCAUGACAGGAGAAAAGAUUUUUGAAAUAAUUGGAGCUAAUGCAAAAAAGCUGGAAGAGAAGAUUAAAGAGCUGAUGUAAUCCUGCAGUCCUAGAUUGUGGUCAACAAAUGUCAUUAAAAUAAGA